AUGCAAAUCACGCCUGAAAAAAAGGAGGAACUACUGCAGAAGCUGGACGAGUUUUUUGCCAGAACAAAGAUCGCUUCAUCAGAAGCCGACGUAUUUCGAAGGCUCUACCGUCAAUUUCUUGAAGAGAUCCAUUUUAUUGAUUGGAAUAGUUGGAAAUUUAUUGCCGACGAUGUGCAACGAAACCAUGCAGAUCUGCCGAAAUUUGGCAGUACAAGGGAUGAUGUACUCGAUCGCCUUGUAGUGGUGAAACUGAAUGGUGGUCUUGGUACGACAAUGGGCUGCGAUGGGCCAAAGUCUUUCAUCAAAGUUAAGGAGAACUUGUCGUUUUUGGAUAUUGCAAAGAAGCAACAUGAGAUCUUUAACAAAACUCACGGCUCUAAUGUCCCGCUCUUCCUCAUGAACUCGUUCUACACUGAAGAACAGACGAAAAAAGAGCUAGGACCAAACAGCUUUGUACAAACGUUCUGCCAAUCUCAAUGUCCUCGAAUAUGGGCUGACAGCCUCCUACCAGUCGAAGGUACGGGCACCAAUAAGGAAUGGUAUCCGCCUGGACAUGGAAACAUAUUCCAUGCAUUGGGUGCUUCCGGGGUAUUGGACGAUCUGUUAAGGCAAGGCCGUGAUAUCAUGUUCGUGUCUAACAUAGAUAAUACUGGUGCUACCUUAGACCUGCAGAUUGCUCAGUUUGCAUGUGAUGAAAAUGUGGACUACAUCAUGGAGUGUACAGAGAAGACAGAAAACGAUAUCAAGGGAGGCACACUGAUAGACAUAGGUGGUCAGCUAAUGCAUUUGGAAAUUCCACAAGUGCCACCAGAACACCUCAACGAAUUUUGCUCAACACGAACAUUCAAAAUUUUCAACACAAACAACAUCUGGGUAAAUUUGCAAGCAGUCAAGCAGCGUUUGGAUACAAUAAGCAGCGAAAUCAUUGUAAAUCAGAAGAAUUUGAAUGGACGAGGCGUUAUCCAGCUAGAGACUUCUAUUGGAGGAUGCAUCCGCAACUUCCCCCGAGCAUACUGUAUUCACGUUGGCCGAAACAGAUUUCUGCCCGUAAAGAAAUCUGAUGAUCUUCUGGCCAUAUCCUCCAAUCUCUACACUCUAACUCCAGAGUUAUCCCUGAGAUUGAAUAGGAAUCGUCCAGCUCCUACAGUGAAUUUGGGAAAGUAUUUCCAGAAUGUGGAUGACUUCCAUGCAAGAUUUGAAGACUAUCCGGAUAUACUCGAGCUGAAAUCGUUGAAUGUAGAAGGUGAUGUACGAUUUGAGAAGGGAGUUGUUUUAAAGGGCGACGUUCGCAUAAUCAACAAAAGCGAUCUCCAACAGACUAUCAAAGUAGGGACAUGCAUCAGUGAUCAAGAAGUUUUGUUUGAAUAA